AUGGUGGCUUUGUUAGUGAGUUGUAUUUUAUUUCAAUUCUUAGGAACUGAGGCAUUUAAAAAUCUCACAGGCUGCUCUGUCGGAAAUAAGCGGGGCAUAUGUAUGACGCAAAGUGAUUGUUUUGCUGUCUUUUAUGGGAGCAAAGACUGUGGUGAAGACAUAUGUUGCCUAGACACAAGGAUCAGUUUUCGAAAGUGCUUUGAAUAUGAAAAGAAAUUUUCUAUCGACAUCGCCCCGAUUAGAACGCAGUACAGAAUAAUCGGUGGGACUAAUGCUGAAACAUAUGAAUUCCCCUUCAUGGUAGCGAUCGGAAAAGAACCGGAUUCAUCGAAUGAACAGAAGUGGUUCUGUGGUGGGAGUAUUGUCAGCGAAAACUUUGUAAUAACGGCUGCGCACUGCAUAAAAAAAGAAAACCCGACCAGCUACAUGAUUCUGGCAGGGACUACAAACUUCAAUAACACCAAGGCACAGUUACGCUAUGCUGCUGAGGUGAUUAUUCAUCCGAAGUUUACUCCAUGGAAGAUAGGCUAUGAUUUGGCCCUCAUUAGGGUGGCGGAGCCUUUUCAAUUAUCUCCCAACGUCUUCCCGCUCUGCCUUCUCGGCCCAUCCAAUCUAGCUAUUAUUGCUAAAGGACUGGCAAUCGGCUUUGGUUUAGAGAAGGAAGAUAAAACGAAAAGCUCGGGCAGCCUGAGGAAGGUGAAACUGGACUUAUUCUCUUCUGAACAAUGUGACGAAUUCUAUCCUGCAAUAGUCCAAUACAGUGGGCAAAAGCCUAGCAUGUUGUGUGCAGGUGUUGUUGGAGGAGGCAAGGACACUUGUCAAGGAGACUCAGGUGGUCCACUGAGCGUCCCUCUAAUGAUGCCCGCAAGGCAACAUGGUUUAGUUGGAGUUACUUCAGCGGGACUGUCUUGCGGUUUGUCCAAAUCUCCUGGGCUUUAUGUUAAAGUGCCGUAUUUUUUGUCAUGGAUUGAAAGAAAUGUAUGGAAAGAAGAGAUGGAAAAACUAAUGUGA